UAUAAAUAGAAUGAAAAGAAUUUUAUUUACAGGUGUAAUGUCAUGUCUCACAGUAACAGCAAUGUCAGCAUGCAACUGGUAAUAUCGUCGUUAUAAGGAAUCUAUAAGAAAAUGGUAAUUAAUAGAAGAGCAAUUCAAACCUGAUUUUCCAAUUAAGCAUUUUGCCAUUUCAGAUAUUCUAUAAUUAGAUCCUAAAGAAUAUUCAUAUAUACUUGUUAAAACAUCAGGGUUAGUUUAAUAAAGAUUGUCGUAGAUAACUUGAUAAAUACAUACUAAAGGUUUACAGAUUUUAGGAUGGAAGACCAGGUAUGAUGUUGUGCGGUUUGCUAAAGGAUAAUUCGAAUGAUGCCAUCGUUGUUAAUUUGGGUUGGAUUCCUGAAAAUUAUUUGGACAAAAUAGAAUCUUUGGAGGGAGUUCAAUUAAAUGAUAUGUGUGCUAUGAUUAAAUUACCAGAACAUCCUGAUAAAAAUACUGAUCAAAAUCUUAUGAAUACAUUUAUUGAUCUACAACUAAUUGCUAAAGAGAACUAACUCCCAUAAAACUCUACUAAAUUGUAUUUAGAAAGAUUAGGAUCCUAGACUGAAAACACUGGAUUAUUUAAAUCUUAGGGUAAAUCUGAUGAUAUAUUAACAUUCAAGAUUUAUAUCCUGUUCCUAGUUUUUAUUCCACAUUUCAGAAGCCUUAUUUGACACCAGACAAACACAAAGCAUAUUAUUGGUUUUGGGGAUCUUGUUCUUGUUUAGGAAUUCUAUCCAUAAUUUCACUUAUCAAAAGAUGA